AUCUAAUGCAGUGACAUCCAGACAUUCUUUCCCUUUUCUUUAUACAGGAUCUGAAAGGCUCUCACAGAUAACUACGGCAGUGUCAUACUGGUGGACUGGAGUCAGUCUAGGCUUCGCUCGCUUCACCUCUCAGCGCUGAGCAUUGAGGACAGACCAGACUCGAGCCUAGUCCUGCCAGAGACAGCAUUCGGACCGCAGUAACUCUUCCUCUGUCUCAUCCGUCAGCGGAUGGAGAGUGUGAACCUGGACCUGUCUGAUGAUGAGGACCUGAGGGAGCAGAUGGACACGCACUCCAUCAUCGUGUCCUGCAUCAGCGAGGAACCGCUGCUCACUGCUGAACAGGUGAUUGAGGAGCUCCAGGAGAGCUGUAAUCAGAUCUCGCUCGUCUCUCAGAAGACCCAGAGGUCUCACAGCAGCCAGAUGGACGAGGAGCGAGCGAGGCUGAUGUCUGCGCUGGAGCUGAACGAUGAGCUGGAGGACGUGGAGACGGCCAGACGCAGGUAUUCAGAGGAGCUCAUCCAGCAGCUGGCCAUCAGAGAUGAGCUGGAGUUUGAGAAACAGCUCAUCGUGGUUCUCACAGACGUACAAAACCGGCAGAAGCUCCACCGAGAGAUGCUGAGAAAGAAGAGGAAAAUGUCUGGAUCAGAGAGGAGAAGAGAGGAAGAGAGGGGCGGGGGAGAGUGUUCCUGGAGGGAUUUCCUCAGAUGUGACCAUCAUGAUGUGUUUGACUUCAGCUGCAGGACUCUGCUCUUCUGUUCUGAGCUGUUGGACUGUAUUUUGCAUGGUUUGGCAGAUUGCAGUAUUUGUGUUUUUAGUGUUUGUGUGUUUAGUUUCAACGUAGUAAGCUUAUUUUUGUGAAUGUGCGAGACUAGCCGCUAUAGGUAAAUAAUAACAAAGUGCAGUAAACUAUUUGCACUACAAACCAGAGUUUUUAUGACUACGAUACUAAAUUAAAAUAAUAUAACAAAUACCAGUUUGAAAUAUCAAGCAGCAUUACAGACUGUUUUUAACGGCUAAAAUAGUAUGAAAGCCUCGCACUUUCAGGUUACAGAUGGCGUUUUUGGUUCUUAUCAUAUAUAUAUAUCAUAUAUCAUAUGUAGUGAUUUAUUUAAAUCAUCAUUAAAUUUGAUUUCAGUCAAUUUAAAUUUUUAUAUAAAUGUGUAUAUAAAUUCCCCACUGAAUUUUACAGAUUAUGAUGCUGUCAGUUUUAAUAAUUUGACUUGUUGUUGGGAUUAUGCAGUUCAUGGUAAUAUUAUUAAUUCAAUUAAGUGAUUGAUUUUAAG